CAGAAACAUGGCGACAAUAGCAACGAAAAGACUUGUCUUGAUUACUGGGGCGAACGGCGGGAUCGGUUUUGAGCUCGCUGCUCAAUUAAUGAAAAAGGGCUCAUACCAUGUUCUCUUGGGGUCUAGAUCCUUGGAAAAGGGAAAUGCAGCAGUCACAGAACUCCAAUCUCGAGAACUCCCUGGUUCCGUAGAACUCCUCGAAAUCGACGUAACCAAUGACGACACCAUUGAGCGUGCAGCAUCGAGCGUGCAGCGCAAUCAUGGAAAACUCGACAUCCUGGUAAACAAUGCUGGGAUUUCAGCUAUGAGUCCACCAUUUCGCCAGCAAAUGCGGGAUGCUUUCGAUACCAACGCAACGGGACCAGCUUGUAUGAGCAUCGCUUUCGCGCAUCUCCUAAGGAAGUCAACGGCAUCGCCUAGGAUCGUGAAUAUCUCCAGUGGAGUCGGCUCGAUUGCUCGCCGUCUAGAUACUUCUUCGCCAAUGUACAAAGCGCAGCAUAUUCAGUAUCGAGCGAGCAAGACGGCACUGAGCAUGGUUACUGCAUGUCACUUUGUUGAGUUUGGGCCAGAGAUCAAGGUCUUUGCAUAUGACCCUGGUUUUACGGUAUCCAGCCUCGGCCCUCACAAUAAUAUCGAGAGUGGUGCAAGAUCAGCUGCGGAUUCUGUGAUGCCUCUGAUUGAUGUUCUAGAAGGGAAGCGGGAUGAUGAGGCAGGGAAGUUGUUGCACAAUACAGGGGUUUAUCCCUGGUAG